UUUCUUUUCUUGUGGAAUGCCUGACACUUGUUUGUUUUGCUGUUGUUGCGAGCAAAUUGCAGCAGAGAGCCGAGGACGAAAUACAGCGAUCAGCAGAUCCUUACAAAAGCAAUCGCCUGCCAGUGAUCACAGAUUGAACGCACCAAAAUGGCUGCAUGGAGAACUGCCGGACUAAACUACAUCAACUACUCAAACAUCGCUGCACGUUUGCUGCGAAAGGCACUGAAGCCGGAUCUGAGAGUGCAGGCCGCCCGACGGGAUGAUUCGCACAUCAAAUUCACCAAAUGGCAGGGUGGCAAACCGGAAAAUGAAAAAUAAGUUAUCUACCCAGUGGUAGUAUUGUUUAUAUGUCAGGUUAUCACUGAGUGAACCGGAAGAAAAGCCAUUAAUAAUGCACCCUGAAAGGAAAUCCCUAAAAUUGGUAGUGUGAAUAAUAAAUUAUGUCAAUAU